AUGGAGUCGUGCCCCAUCCUGCAGAAGGAGAGAGUGUUCCAGUCAGGAGCCCAUGCCUACAGGAUCCCCGCUCUGCUGUAUCUGCCUGAGCAGAAGACAGUGUUGGCCUUCGCGGAACAGCGGAUAAGCAAGAAGGAUGAGCACGCGGAGCUGAUCGUCCUGCGCAGAGGAAGCUAUGACGCAUCCACCCAUCAGGUCCAGUGGCACGCUCAGGAGGUGGUGGCCCAGGCGCAGCUGGAGGGCCACCGGUCCAUGAACCCAAGCCCCUUGUACGACGAGAAGACAGGAACCCUCUUCCUCUUCUUCAUCGCCAUCCCGGGGCAGGUGUCCGAGCACCACCAGCUCCACACGAGGGUCAACGUGACACGGCUGUGCCAGGUCACCAGCCCCGACCACGGGAGGUCCUGGAGCCCCGCCCGAGACCUCACUGGCCCCGCCAUCGGCACAGCCCACAAGGAGUGGGCCACUUUUGCGGUGGGGCCGGGGCACUGCCUGCAGCUGGGCAACAAGACGCGGAGUCUGCUGGUGCCCGCCUACGCUUACCGGAACCUUCACCCCCACCGGCGGCCUUCGCCGUUUGCCUUCUGCUUCGUCAGCCACGACCACGGGCACACGUGGCAGAGAGGGAACUUCGUGGCCCAGGACACCGUGGAGUGUCAGGUGGCCGAAGUCGGGGGUGCGGAGCAGAGGGUCGUGUAUCUGAACGCGAGGAGCCCCCUCAGAGCCAGGGUCCAGGCCGAGAGCACCAACGAGGGCCUCGACUUCAAGGAGGCCCAGCUAGUGGAGGAGCUCGUGGAGCCUCCGCACGGCUGCCAAGGGAGCAUCGUCAGCUUUCCCGGCCCCGGGGCGGGGACGGACGCCUCGGACAGAUGGCUGCUCUACACUCACCCCACCGACCCGCGGCAGAGAGCCCACCUGGGCGCGUACCUCAGCAAGCCGCGCCCGGGCCCCGCGGCCUGGUCGGAGCCCGCCCUGCUGGCCACGGGCAGCUGCGCUUACUCAGACCUCCAGAGCAUGGGCACCGGCCCUGACGGGUCACCGCAGUUCGGGUGUCUGUACGAAUCGGACGAUUACGAGGCGGUCAUGUUCCUCACGUUCACCCUGAAACAAGCCUUCCCAGCUGAGUUUUUGUCUGUGGGAGCCAGCUGUGUGCCACCCAGGAAGGACUCCCGCCGGCCUGGGGCCCCCUUUCCUCCUGAACACCCCGAGUGA